AUGCAUUUUCAGACACUGUCACCGCUGGAUAUGUAUCCCAAAAUAUUGGAUUUUGAUCCGGCUGUUAUGGCAAGCCUAUCGAUGACACUUGCAAGGCCCUGCAUUGCGCCACUUAUCGUUUCCAAAGAUGCUGCUGUAAUUCGAAAUUACGGUGCUCUCGUACUGGAACUUGCUUCGCUCGUGCCCGACGGUGUUGUUGUCUUCUUCACUAGCUAUUUAUAUAUGGAAAAUGUGAUUUCCACUUGGUAUGACCAGGUCAGAGUUCUUCUUUUCUCUUCGAUCUGA